CAUCACAUAGAUGAUUUGAAUAGCUAAAUAUCCAAUUAUUUGGUGUGCUGUCAUUAAUAUAUAAAUACAUAUUUUGAAAGGUAUAAUUGAAAUUACACUAUUUAUAAGAGUAAUCUUGUACUUUUCAAGGUAUAAAGAUUGUUAGAACUACUCCCAUGUAAUGCGCGAUUUUUAAUAUUUAUUACGGAAUAUCAAUUUUAAACUUUUAAAUAUGAAAAAUAAUUUGUCAAAAAACAAAAACAAAAAAAAAAAAAAAAUCCAACAAUUAAAUUAAUAAUCAAGUUUCAAUACGCCAAAUUAAUAAAUUUUCCGAUUCCAAACCAACACUGAGUUAUUAACCCAAACUAGCCCUAAAUAGUUGUUUUUUUCACAUAAUCACAUCCCUUGUGACUUUGUGAGUCUUGUCUUGCGAGUACUAAAAGUAUUGGCUAUUGGUGCUCUAUUGCCUGUUACAACUUCACUUCAAAACUCCCCAGUUGCUGCUUUGCAAGCACUAGAGCAAGAAACCAAUAACAAUGGCGUACAUAAGCAUGGGCGAAGCGCACAGAAGAAUAACAGAUUACCUCAACAACUACUCCGACGCCAUUGCUACUCAAAACGGACCUUUACUUCGUCGCCUUCUUUCUUUCUCCUCCAACAAUCCCAAACUCCUCUCUGUUGCCGACGCCCUCAACAUCUUCCAGGAUGUGAGUAGGUUGAUUAGACAAUCACAUGAAACUUUGGUUCCUUUGCUUCGAGCUUUGCAGUGUUACAAGCUUGGUCAAUUGGUUGAUUCUUAUAAUUCCUAUGAGAAAUUUGCUAAUGCAUUUAUACAGGAAUUUCGGAACUGGGAAUCGGCGUGGGCGUUGGAAGCGUUAUAUAUUGUUGCUUAUGAGAUUAGGAUUAUUGCUGAGAGGGCUGAUAGAGAGUUGGCAUCAAAUGGUAAAACCCCGGACAAAUUGAAGGCGGCUGGUUCUUUUCUCAUGAAAGUUUUCGGUGUCCUUGCUGGAAAAGGGCCAAAACGUGUUGGAGCUUUGCAUGUGACUUGUCAGUUGUUCAAAAUCUACUUCAAGCUUGGUACUGUCCAUCUCUGUCGAAGUGUAAUAAGAAGCAUUGAGACUGCUCGUAUAUUUGAUUUUGAGGAGUUCCCACCCAGAGAUAAGGUGACUUACAUGUAUUAUACGGGCCGACUUGAAGUUUUCAAUGAAAAUUUCCUAGCUGCUGAUGAGAAAUUGUCAUAUGCUCUGGCUCAUUGCCAUCCUGACCAUGCAGCCAAUAUAAGGAUGAUCCUAAAAUAUCUGAUACCUGUAAAGCUUUCCAUAGGCAUCUUGCCUGGAGAAUUACUGUUGCAGAAGUAUAAUCUUCUUGAGUACAGGGAUGUUGUCUUAGCUCUUAGAAGAGGUGACCUCCGACUACUACGGUGUGCUCUCCAAGAGCACGAAGAUAGGUUCUUGAGAUCAGGUGUUUACCUUGUAUUAGAAAAACUCGAGCUGCAAGUUUACAGAAGAUUACUGAAAAAAAUCUAUACCAUCCAAAAACAAAAAGAUCCAAGUAAAGCACAUCAGGUGAAAUUGGACAUUAUAGUCAAAGCACUGAAAUGGCUUCAGAUACACAUGGAUCUUGAUGAGGUGGAAUGUAUAGUUGCAAUUCUAAUUCACAAAAACCUUAUAAAAGGGUACUUUGCACACAAGAGUAAAGUCGUAGUUCUUAGCAAGCAAGACCCUUUCCCCAAACUAAUGGGCAAGCCGGUGGGUCUGUGAUACAUAAAAAAGGUUAACAUCUUUCUGAUGCUUCAGUGUCAUGGCCUCAAACUAAUUGAUGCAAAACAAGUUGACAGUUGCAUAUCUUCCAACUGCUGAAUGAACGAUUGAUAGCCAACGCAGAUAUGCAGCUCAAAGUAGCCAAGGGAUCGUAGACCUUUCUGUAGCUUGGUCUCAUUGCUUCCAAAUUUUGACUGGGAUUGUAAAAUCCUGUAAUUUAUACUAGAUUGGCUUGUGUGCUAAACUGCUAAUCAAUCUCACCUGGAUGUAUUUUAUUUGUAUCUCUUGUGCUUUGGCUUAGUAUCUCUGGUAUAGCACUAAAAUGGAAGAGCGUCAAUGCGAUUAUUUGAGACCUAAUUGUGUCUCCACCUUUACGAUUGCCAGUUGGGAUUCACUAGGGCCAAGCUAACUCUCAACAAUAGAGGUUGUGACUUACCUGGGAAGGCAGAUUUUGAAUAAGAUAGGCAUGUGCCAUAAGAUUAAUCUUCAUUUUAUAAACUGAAAGAAAGUUUGUAUUUCUCCA